UUUCACAGGUUUUGUUUUUGUUAAGAAAAAUAAAUGAAAUAGCUACGAAAAUGUUGAGAAAAUCAAAGAAGCAACCAGAGACAGUGGCCGAAAAGGUGAGCAAACUGCUCGCCCAUCCCAAUGACAGCGAGAGCGAUGAUGAAUCUGACAUUGAUGUGGCCACCAAAGCGCGCGUUGCGGAUUUUGAGGAUGAAUACGAUUUGCCCGAUGCGCGCAGCACAGAUUUUCGUAAACGGAAUGUGAAAUUGUUAUCCGAGCAGAGCGAACGAUACAAGGGCAAAAUAAGCAGUCGCAAAGAACUUGAGGAGGAGGAGGAGGACAACGAAGAAGAAAGUGAAGAUGAGGAGGACGAGGAGGUGCCAUAUGAAGAGAGUGACACAGAUGAGGAUGAAGCUGAGAAAUUGAAGGCUUUUAACAGCAAGUUGAAAGCUGCAAAAAUUGAUACGAGUGGAGCUCAAAGUGAAGAUGAUGAUAGCAGCGUGGAUUAUGAGAAUGGCGGAGAGCAGAAGAAAGAUGAUGAUAGCGAUGAAGACGAGGACGAGGAUGGUGAUGAUGACUAUGAGGAUGAUGAUGACGACGACGAGGAGAGCGAUUCAGAAGAUAACGACUCAGAAAAUGAGACAAUAGAUAUGAACGAAAUCAUGUCCAAAACCAAUCAACAAGCCGAAGUCCAGAAAGGACUCUGUGUGCAGAAUCAACUGCAGAUUUGGGAGCGUCUCUUGGAGCUACGCAUCAACACACAGAAAUUCACCAGCAAGUCGAAUCAAUUGCCUCCUCCAGAGACGCUGCAAGCGCUCAGCGAUAAGAAUGAGGAGCUGCAAACGGUGCUAAAGGAAGCCCAGGAGCGAAGCUCCAAGCUGCUGCAUCAACUGCUCGCCCUGCAGUCGGUGCUUACGCAGCAGCACAGUGAGCUGCGCCAAGCCAUCAAGCGGAAACUGCCAGCAGAGUCCAGCUCCGAGUCGGAGCCGCCGAGCAAAUGCUUUGCGAGCGCGCUGCAAAGCAAUUUCGAGAAUAUGCGAAGCUAUCGGAAUGAGGUGCUGCUCAAAUGGGAUGAUCGCACCAAGCUGUUGACACCUGGAGCGGGUACGAAGCGAAAAUCCAUGCAAGACGAUUACGAUGUCAUCAAGAAGAUCGACAGUGCGCUGGCCAAUCGUAGUGCACUCAUUGAGAAAUCCCAAACUCUCAAGAGCAAUCAGCCGCAGCAGCAAGAGAAACGACAGCUGGAGCAAGAGGCUGACCAAGAGAAUUCCGAAUUAAGCAACAAGGACCAAAGGCAAACGCACAUCUACGAUGACAGCGAUUUCUAUCAUCAGCAGCUGCGCGAACUGAUUGAGUACAAGGCCAGCACCACGUCCAGCAUGGGCGACAUAACCAAACAGUUUGUGGAGCUGCAGAAGCUGCGCCAGAAGAUGAAAAAGAAAGUGGACACCAGGGCUAGCAAAGGCAGAAAGUUGCGCUAUGUGGUGCAUAAUAAGCUCAUCAAUUUCAUGGCUCCCAACGAAGCAAGUGACUGGACGGAUGAGUCCAAGACGGAACUGUUUAAAUCCCUAUUUGUUUAAAUCACACAUCCAUGUAUAUUUAUGUACAUAUUAC